AUGACGGCAGAGAGGACAAGAGUUGUGGUUAGAAAGCCAGGGAAGAAUGCAGUCUGGAUGCAUGCAAGAAGUGAUCUUUAUGGUGGGGAGGAUAGAGUCAAUAGUCGUGCUUGGAUUAUCAUCUUCACAAUCACAUUGGCUAUUGGUGUUGGUGGUGGUGUUGAAAUGUUGAAGAAAGCGGAGGAAGGAGGGGCUGUCAAGGAGGAAAGUGGCGGUGUCCGUGUCAGUAGUGGUGGAGGCGGGAGUGGGGUCCAUGAGUUCAAGAAAGUCAUGGCGGCAGUGAGGGCAAAGAGGAGUGGUGGUAGCGUUAGUGGCGGUGAGGAGGUGGAUGCUGUGGUCACAUUCAUGACACCAGUAGUCUGGAGUUUAGAGAAGGGAAAGGGGAUGAGGAGGUUAGGUGGGGUCUAUCUACGUGAAUGCGAUGUCUUGUUAUCAGGAAACAAACACGUCGCUUUGGCCGAGUGGUUAAGGCGUGUGCCUGCUAAGUACAUGGGGUUUCCCCGCGAGAGUUCGAAUCUCUCAGGCGACUUUGCGAUUUCAGUAAAAGUAAAACCAAAGACAAUACAAGCCUUCAUUUCUUCAACACUGGCUGCUGCCUGCUGGCAUUUGAUAGCCAAAGGAAAAACUGGCAGUUUUGGAAUGAAGAAUGAUCCUCCUAUUCUGCCUCCGCUCCAUUAUCUGUUGUUGUUGCCGCUGCUGCUGCUAAUCUCUGUGAUGGAGGAGAGUCAUGGAUUUGAACACAAGUGA